AUGGCAGCACAAGGCGGAGGAAACGUGCGUAUGGCGAUUCAAUUCGCGUGUCAAAUGUUACAUCAACAUGGCGUUCACGUUAUGGACCUUGUUCGAAGCAACGCUGCUGUGUUUAAACGCGGUAUGUGUUUUACACGAGGAGCGGUUUCUCGUCAAAAUGGGAUGGAGCGCGCAACAAAAUAUUCAAGGAUUCGGUGAGCCCCCAACAAUUAGAUCCCAAUUGUUGAAUCUCGUUCGUUCCAUCAGAACUGUAGCAAGGUUUCCACUGAUAUUUUUGAAUAUUUUAACAAUCGUCGUCAAACUCGUGCUGGGAUGAAGUUUAUACAUCGCGAACGAACCUGAUACGAUCAAACGAGUUUGAGAAUCCACCGGACAUGUGAUGAAUGUCCGUUAACGCUGUGCAUAUUUGAGGCUUACAUCAAAGGACAUGAUUUACACGUGCCGUAAGAUCAUUGUAAUUUUUUAAAUAAAAUGUAACAUUUGUAUUUAUAA